GUCACAGGCAUUCACUGACGCCACCCUCUCCCUCUUUCACUCUCCUGCCUCACAGUUCUCUCAGUUUCACCCUCUGUUGCUCCAGCAUUCACCAGUAUUCAACUUCUUUAACAAAAAGUGCUCUCUUUGUGGACCUGGACAGACCAAAUCCAGUGGGACAUCUGCAAGUUGGUUGACAAGUAAAUUGUUCUGCUCAUCUGAAGUGUUUUUCUGGAAACCAGUCUUUCUCUUGUGAGGAGCACAGCAGAGGUUGGUGUAUAAAGAUGUCUCUUCCAUUGUCACUGCUGAUAUGCCUAUCAGUUAUCCAGCUGGGCUUGGGAGAUCAGCCCGUGGAGGAAGUCAUCAGAGCCAAAAACAAGCCUCUUCUGGGUAGCUGGGUUAAAAGGAAUCCAGAUUCAGCUGAGGUUCAGGAGGCAGCUCAACAUGCUGUGAAGAUGUUCAAUGAAAAGCUCAAGGGCAAGAAAAUGUUCAAAUUGAUUGAAGUUACUGAUGCUCAGAGUCAGGUGACCAAUGUAAUCAACUACAAGAUUGAUGCAGUCAUGGGAAAACCCAAGUGUUCCAAGUCUGAAAACCAAGACUUGAAGGGCUGCAGUGCUGUGAAAAAGCAUCUGAAGUGCCGCUUUGUGGUGACUUACAACCCCCGCAACAGCAAACACGAGCUGCAGAAACAAAAGUGCAGGAAAAUUAAAGACAAUGUUUAAUUUUUGAACAGCUUUAAUUUGAGUCAAAGGAGUUUGCAAAGAAAAGCGUCUGGACUUCUUUGAGU